GCUGAGACUAAAAUGCCGCACUUUGGAACAGAGAUGCCUACACAAAAUAGAACCGAAGUCGAAACAGUGCAAAAUUUGACAAGUGUCGGUGGGAGACCUAAGGCUGAAGUUUGGCAAUAUUAUAAUCAAGUUAAUAAUGGAAAAGGGAGGCAUAAAGGAGCAAUUUGCAAGUUUUGUCGUGAAGUAUGGAAUCGGGGAAGAGCACAAGAAAUGAAAUACCAUACAGCAAUAAAAUGUAAAGGGCCAGUACCCAGGGAUGUUCGUUUUAACUUACUUCGAGAAAUUCAAAACGGGACAGACUCUACGUUACCUGAAUUGUCUACACCAUCCACUCCUAAAAGACAAAGAACAUUUAAUCAAAAAUCAUUAACUUUAGAUGCCUACUAUGAUACGACAGCUGCUAUCGAUCAAACUAGGGAAAUAAGGGCUAAUAAGGC